UAUUUUCUUUUUCAAUAAAAAAAUUGAUAAAUAAACUAUUGAAUGGUAUCGGAUGCUAAACUGAAUAGGUUGUUACUAACAUACAAUUAUCGCGGAGAAGUACAUAUAUGUGAAAAAGUUAGUAGAACUUUGUGGUGCUAAUCCGUUCUUGGGUAAUCAGCAAUAUUCUGCCGUGUAUCAGCUUCGCUCAGACGCUUAAAUAACGAUAAACGUAACGUGAACGAUGGAUCAUCAGAUAUUUAAAAUAUACAAUCAGGAAGACUUUAACAGAAUUACAAGAGGAAUUAAAGUGGCACAAUGUAUGCAAUCGCGAUCGUCAUCUGUUUCAGAAAGUGAAAGAAUGCUAGGUCAACUUGAUGAUUUAGUUGUAUCUGAUUCCUUAAGUUGUUCAUUUUGCAACACUGUAUUCGAAAAUAAGACGCAGCAAAGACUUCACUAUAAAUUAGAUUGGCAUCGGUACAAUUUAAAACAGCGUUUAAAUGGAUUGAAACCUAUUAAUGAAGAUAAAUUUAGUCUUUUAGCUGAUGAAGGCAAUGUUUCAAGCUUAUCUGGAAGUGAUGUAGAUUCCGAAAAUGAAGAUGAGACCUCGGAAGCAGGGAGUGGACAUUGUGAAACUAAAACCUUGAUUAAAAACAAGAAAAUUGAAAAAAAAGGGAAAAAUAUAGAAUCAGUUUCUGAUAGUUCUGACACAGAAUAUUCUGAUGAUAUCAUCAAAGAGAAGAAAGUUGAGGCUUUAUUGGUUACUGCUAGUCGUCAUUCAAAAGUCUUUUUUGAAAAUGAUGAUGGAAAUAUAUUUAGUAUAUACAGGUGUUUACUUCACAACAAGAAGGAUAUUCCAGAGGUAGACAAUGAUAUGAUCACUCAGGCAUUGAACCGUGGAAAAGAAACAACAUGGACUGUCAUCAUGAUUGGCGGAGGACAUUUUGCUGCAGCUGUGUUUCAAAAUGGGGAACCUAUCGUGCACAAAACAUUUCAUUCUUAUACCGUACGUGCAAAACAAGGUUUUGCUCAAAGUUCACGUACAGCAACUAAUCAUGCAAAGAGUGCUGGAGCUAGUUUGCGUCGUUAUAACGAAGCAUCGCUUCUUCAGCAUGUGCAAGAUAUACUUGAAUCAUGGUCAUCUCAUAUCAAUAAUUCCUCUUUAAUUUUAUAUAGAGCGGUUGGUCCGUAUAAUCGUACUGUGUUAUUUGGAGGCAAAAAUCCACCUUUAGAUAAGAAUGACUUAAGAUUAAGACCGCUACCUUUCCCUACUCGUAGAGCAACAUUUAGCGAAGUUAAAAGAGUGUAUGAUGUUUUAAGUUCCAUGGAAAUUUAUGGUUCUGCAUCUGAUUUUACAGACUCUUUCCCUAUUUCACCACGUCAACCUCUUAGGAAAAAAGUUUCAAAAACUGAUGGAUCUGGCGAAAUCUUAGUUGAAAAUGUAGAAUGUAAUGCUAUCAAUAGCACGUGUAAUUUACAAGAUAGCGAUAAGAAUAAAGUUUCUGUUCAACCAUCUCCCGAAAGACAACAUAAAAAUUCUCGGUCCCACAUAGAUAGAGCAAAACCAAGAAAAAGUCCAUGUCGUCCUUUACCCGACAUUGUUGCCAGGUUAGCACAAUCAUCUUCAGAAUCAGAAUUGGAUAGUCAAAUAAGCACUCCUAAUAUUCCAAUGGAUGUUUCAUUAAUUGAACAGGAAUUAGAAAUAGAAUUUAAUGAAAAUUUACUCGCUUUUCAAGAUACUGUGCCAAGAUACAUGAAGAAUAAAAAAAUUCGUCGUCAAAGAAAGAAGACUAAGAAAGAUGAAUGCGUAUUAAACGAAACGUUAACCAAUGCUAAAGUUAAACUAUGGUCUGCAUGUAAAUUAGGUGACGAUGAAUUAUUGUCAUCUGUUAUUAAUGAUUUGUUGAUUGAAGUAAAAAAGAGUGUAGAAUUAGAAAAUAAAUUAGAAAAUGAGGAAGAUGUGACUGUAAGUUGUAAUACAGUUAUAAACAAAGAUGAUGUGACGAAGUUGGUAAAUGAUCCUAAUGAAGAUGGUAAUACAAUGUUACAUGUAGCAGCGUUGGGUGGACACCUAAAAUUAGUAUGGCAAUUAAUGGAAAUUGGAUCAGAUCCUUGUAAUAAAAAUAAGAAGCUACAAACACCAUACGCUGCGGCAAAUGAUAAGGAAACCAGGAAUAUUUUCAGAAGAUUUAUGGGUGCUAAUCCUGACAAAUUCAAUUAUAACAAAUCUCAAAUACCUGGCCCGCUUACUGACGAAAUAGAACAAGAAGAAUUAGAAAAAAAGAAACAACAAAGAAAAGUAAAACGGGAAAAGGAUAGAGUGAAGAGAAAAGAAUUUGAACUGAAAAAGCGAGAAGAAGAUGCAAAGCAAAGAUACCUAAAUCUCAGCGACAGGGAAAAGAGAGCUUUGGCUGCAGAACAACGUAUUCUAGAACAAGGCUGCAUUAUAAUUUCACGAUGUUUUCAAUGUGGUGUAGAUAUGGCAGGUCAGGUUCCUUUUGAGUAUAAUUCCAAUCGUUUCUGUUCUAUGCCGUGUUUAAAGGAACAUCGCCUUCGCAACAAAGUUGUGAUCUGAUGACAUUUUAUGUUCAAAACUAUAAAUUGCUUAUGUUUUCAUGACGUAGCCUUAAUUUUUGGUCAGAUGUAGAUUAUGAUAAUAUAUUUAUCACGAAGCUAGAUUUAAAUGUAUAAUUUUUUCAUUAAUGAAGUGAGUAUUCAAUUAUUAUAAUAUAAUGAUUAAAAUUUUGACAUUCAAGAUAAUAUGGAUAUAUAAAUUUAAGAUACUUUACGUUACCUACAAUACCUGUGAUGCAUAUUUAUUUGUGUCAAUUGGGUAAAAUUUCUUGCAUGUAUUUUUCAAGUUUUGGGAAGAAACUAUAAAAUGUGGCUUGAUGUAUGUACAUACAGGAAUUUUUAUAAUACAUACAUUUUGGCAGAAAUAUGCUGAAGUAUUUCAGAAUUUCUUUCAUUCAUUUUUUCUUUUUUUUUUUUUGAAAAUAUUAACUUUGUGAAAGAUAAGGCUGCACCCAUAUUUGUUACAAAUUAAAUACAUUUUAUAUACUUUUCACUUUGGUGGUUACAUCUUCAGUAUAACAUCUUUAAUCAUAAUAUUAAAUGACAUACAUAAAGAACUAACACUUUUAUGUUCACGAUAAACAAUAACUAAGUUGCACACUCAUGACCGCAAUAUUACAUUCACGCCGAGUUUACGAUAUUAUAACAUUACAUCGAUUACGUUUUACUGUUAUAAUAUCAUAACAUUGUAAUAUAUAUCAAUAUAUAUGUAACGUUCAUGCGAAAAACGAGCCUUUUGUGUUAUUUUUAUAAGGUUUAAAUUUCGUUAACAGGAAUUUGAGACGGUAUUCACACGUGAAUCUCAUUGAUGACUAGUAUAGAAAAAAAAAAUAUAUAUAUAUAUAUAAAUUUUCCAACACCCAUACUAAAAUCAUGGGAAUUUAAUGUCGGUGGUUUAUUGACGAGAAAAUGUACAUUUCGUACGGUUUAUGGUAUCUGAGGUGUUAAUAGUAGCUAGAACAUGUUUUCAUUGACCUUUCAUUCACAGCAGUAAGCGUUACAAACGUUUUAUAUUUCAAACACGAAUAACAAUAAAAAUAAAA